AUGAUAACAACACCACCAAACCACCACGGCAACACCGCAACAGCGCUACAACACCACUACAAUACACCGACAAAGCUGCAACACCUCGGCAACAUGACUACAACACCCCGACAACGCUGCAACAUCACAACACCACGACAGCAUCACCCCGAAAACACCACUGCAAUACCCCGACAUUCCGACAACACCACCCCGACAUCCCGACAACACCACCCCGACACCCCGAGAACACCACACCGACAUCCCGACAACACCAUCCCGACAACACCACCCCGACAUCCCGGCCACACCAUCCCGACAUCCCGACAGUCCCACCCCGACAACACCACCUCGACAUCCCGACAGUCCCACCCCGACAUCACACACAUCCCGACCCCACCCCGACAUCCCGACAAUACCACCCCGACAUCCCGACAACACCACUCCCGACAUCCCGACAGUCCCACCCGACAUCCCGACAACACCACCCCGACAUCCCGACAACACCACCCCGACAUCCGACAACACCACUCCGACAUCCCGACAGUCCCACCCCGACAUCCCGACAACCCACUCCGACCCGACAACCCACCCCGACAUCCCGACAACACCACCCCGACAUCCCGACAACACCACCCCGACAUCCCGACAACACCACCCCGACAUCCCAACACCACCCCGACAUCCCGACAGUCCCACCCCCCGACCCCACCCCGACAUCCCGACAGUCCCACCCCGACAUCCCGACAACACCACUCCGACAUCCCGACAACCACCCCGACAUCCCGACAUCCCGACAACACCACCCCGACAACACCAUCCCGACAUCCCGACAACACCACCCCGACAACACCACCCCGACAACACCACCCGACAUCCCGACAACACCACCCCGACAUCCGACGACAUCCCGACAACACCACCCCGACAUCCCGACAACCCCACCACAUCCCGACAACCCACACCCCGACAACCCCCCCCGACAACCCCCACCCGACAUCGACAUCCCGACACACCACCCCGACCCGACAACACCACCCGACAUCCCGACAACCCACCCGACAUCCCGACAACACCACCCCGACAUCCCGACAAACAUCCCGACAACCCACCCUCCCGACCCGACAUCCCAACAACACCACCCCGAUAUCCCGACAACAUCACCCCAACAUCCCGACAACACCACCCCGACAUCCCGACAUCCCGACGACAUCCGACAACCCGACAUCCCGACAACCCCACCCCGACAUCCCGACAAACCCCGACAUCCCGACAACCCCACACCCCGACAUCCCGACACCCCACCCCGACAUCCCGACAACCCCACCCCGACAUCCCGACAACCCACCCCGACAACACCGACGACAUCCCGACAACACGACCCCGACACUCCAACGCCUCCUCCGACGCCACCGCCGCCUCCUCCAUCCCCGGAGCCGCCCUCGAACCCGCUCGUCUCGUGGCGCCAAGAACCCAGAAGAGGAUUUAAAUCACACCCUAAGUUACUGUGGUGUUGGCUGUUUCUCCUCUCCAUCAUGUGCAGCUAUAUUGCCCCGGAAACUCGUUCAUAACGCCACUUUUGCCAUACUCCGAAAUGUUGCCAGAUCUUAA